UGUUUUCUGUUGCCUGGAGACUCCUGGAAACAAGCACUGUAUAGCACUUGGUUGAAAUCCCAACACAAAACUCUCACCUAUAUCUAUUCUAUUUAUAAGGCGACCUACAGAUAACACAGAGAAAUAAAAUGGAAAGUAUUGAUACCGCAACAGAAGGCAGACAACUGGAUAAGGUGGAGCCCUGCCUUGAGAGGGAUAGACUGAGGAUGAGGGUCUCUGUGUUAGAGGAGAGUGUGAGGUCCUACGAGGUAGAGUGUAAAGCCAGCAGAGAGACGGUGAUGAGACUGGUGGCAGAGGUGGCCCGGGAGAGGAGGAACACAGCAGGCAGUGCAGAGGCUCUCGAUCUGCUCAGACUGGAUUUAGAUAGUGCCUUGCUGACCAAGAGGAGCACAGAUAUGGAGAACCAGAGUUUAGCAGAGAGGCUGGAGGCCAAUCAACGUGUGGUUGAGGCAGCCAAGCAAGAGGCAGGGUGCCUGGAGAGGCAGAUCCAGGAGCUGGAAGGGAAACUCCAGACCAGCCAGGGGAAAAACCAGGCUACAAAGGGGAGACUGCAGGCCCUCCUGGGGGAGGUAGGGGCCCUUCUGCAGCUGGGUCUCUCCAUGCCAACCGAGGAGGAAAUACUACAGAGACUCGGGGACCUCUGCACCAGGCAGGAACGUAUGAAAGCGAUUACGGAGGAGAUGGAGAGGAGGCUGUCCCAGGUCCGUGAGGAUGUGUCCAGGCAGACAGAGCUCCACCACAGUGCCCUGCAGAGAGCCCAGCUGGCUGAGCAACAGGUCACAGACCUCAGCGACAGGCUGCAGGGUUUGGAAGCUGAGCUGAUGACUUCAGACGUGCACCGAGAUGGGCUGAGUCAUGACAGACAGCUUUAUGAGCAGUUCCUGGAACAGUUGUCAGAGAGGAUGAAAGUAGACUGUAUCGCCACUGACCUGGGCUACGACAUGAGACUUCAGCUCAUUCUGUCUCGGGCAGAGCAACUUGUCAAACUAGAAGGGACGGCUUUGGUGGAGAGCAAGACCCUGGCCCACAACCAACAGCGAAAGUUGAAGAUUCAGAAGGAGCGGUUGGAGAGUAAGGAGCUCCACAUGGAGCUGUUGAGGAGGAAGGUGUCUGAGCUAGAGGAGGAAAAGAGAAGUCGCUCAGCCCUGGCCAUGCAGCGAGACGACGCCAAUGUGACCGCCCGGAAGAUGCAGAAGAAGGUGGAGCGACUACAGGAGGAACUAGGAUCCAGUAAGGUCUCCAUCACAGAGCUCAAGGCCCAGCUGUCACACACCAACGAGCUGAAGCUCAAAGUCCUGGAGCAGAGUCAGACCAAUGUGGAGCAGAGUAAGAGACUGGAGGACCUGGAGAAGGGCAAGGCCAAGGUGGAGAAGAAGUUCAGCACAGCCAGGACAGACCUACAGAGCCAGGAGCAUCUGGCCAGGGAGGCCCAGCAGCAGUUGACCAGCCUUAGACAGACCCUGGCUCAGCUCACUGACAGAGAGAGAGAGUUGGUAGACUUCCGUAUGGUGGUCUCUCAGAUGUUAGGUCUGGAUGUCUCAGCCCUGGCCCUUCCAAACUAUGAGAUCAUCAAAUCUCUGGAGAGCCUGCUUCACCCCCACCAUCACCCCCACCAUGACCUCCACCACCACUCCCUGGCCCUGUCCUGGCCCUGUCCUACCCACUACCAGAACCACCAUCUCCUACAGCUCCAGGACCGAGAUACCUCUGGGUCUGUCACAUCCCGCUCAGUUUUCUCUCAGAGGUCCACUGGCCCCGAGGCUCUCCUGUGAACGAAGCGUACAUCUGCUCAUCCUGAGGACUCUGCUCAGGACAGGCACCUGUAUGAUAUGAAUGAUUUAUUUAAAUGAUCAAAAUGUAUUCAUUUGAGAUGCACCAUAUAUAUUUUUGCCCAUUGAAAUUGGAUUUGACACAGUUUAUGUCGUAUCCAAAGUCAGAUCCACUUACUGUCAAGUCAAUAGCACUGAAUCAGCCAUUUUGAAUAAAAGACACAAUCAAAA